CCCACAUGACAUAUCCCGUCACACGUCGCAAGCUCGCGUCCUCGCUCAACUCGUCUCUCCCUUGCCAUUUGAAUCCACCUCUCCUCACUAUUUGAAUCUUACUGUCUUCUCCAACUGUGCGUGUGCCCCCAUCGGACUUCCUGUGAGGUUUUCUGUGGGUGAAUCGCCCGAUGGUGAGUCGCCAUCGGGCGCGGAUGAUGGACCAGGAUGUCCACCCUUCUGGCUGACAGCGAGGCUCUCGUACGGCUCCAGGGGGACAUUGAUGUCUCCGUAUGGUUUUGCACGACUCCCACCGAGAGACGCAUCGAUGUCCGCAAACUGGUCCCUUCUGCGGUCUGGAAUCCGUGUGCCGCUGCCGUAGCCCGGCCUUCGCUGCCGCUGCAGCUGGGCGCGCAUGCUCGAGGGACUGAUGGAUGAACAUGUAACAGAGGAGACAGGCGCAAGUACAGCAGAGGCUGGAUCCAUCUAGUGUAUACCUGAGAGCGAAUGACAUGCCCACAACGUUGGUCCAGAAUCGUUCUCGCAUGAAGAUGUCCGCUGACGCUGCAGACAUAUGGUAGACACACACCGCACACCAUACACAGGGAGAGCUUGUGCCCUGGUGAGGCUGGAGAGGUGUUCGCUCAUGCAUCCAUUCAUUCGUACAUGCUCCCGGGAUAAAGACCUCUUUUACCACGUCUAGCCACUUGCGUAUCUGCAUUUGAUCCUCCUUGGUGGCCUCGUCUUUCUCCACCUUGUCAGGGAAGGCUCCCCAUUCUCGGUACCGACUCAACA